AUGGCGCAGAAUAAGAUCAUCGAUGAGCAGAACAACCAGAAAGCUGUAUUGCUGGGGGAGAUACACCACCGCGUGAAAAAUAACCUGGAGAUGCUGCAAAGCAUGUUGAUCCUGCAAAUGAGGCAAUACCGCGAUGACGAGUCGGUACAGCAGGCGCUAACCGAAGCGAAUAACAGGAUACAAUCGAUUGCCCUGUUACAUAAGCAGCUUUAUAACGGCAACCUGGCCAAUACCAGUGCACCUGAAUAUUUCGGUGAGAUGUUUGCCCGUAUCAUGGAAGACAGCAAUGCAAGGAGACAGAUACCGAUAAAAUAUAACCUUGACAUUGUGCCGGUUUCUUUUACACCGGAUUACAUUCUGCCAUUGGCCUUGCUCAUCAAUGAAUGGAUCACCAACUCCAUAAAAUAUGCAUUCAGCAGAAAGCAGGAAGAUGCGCUGAUACGUUUCUCCCUGAAGAAGGAUCUGCCAUCAGGCAAGCUGGAGAUCAUCAUGGAUAACUACAAUGCAAUAAAAAUACUGAUUGUGGAAGAUGAGGCAUUGAUAGCCGAGCGCAUCUAUGCCGAUUUGCAGGACUAUGGUUACGAUGUACUGGAACCUUGUCUGUCCGCAGAAGAAGCCUUAAUGUCGCUUCAAAAAGAUAGUCCGGAUCUUGUAUUGCUGGACAUCAACCUGAAAACAAAAAUGACCGGUCUCGAUAUUGCCGGGAUCAUUAAUAACAAGUAUCAUCUGCCGUUUAUAUUCCUGACGGCCAAUACGGAUGAUGAGACCAUUACCCGCGCUGCAGAAGUGCAGCCGCAAGCCUUUUUGAGUAAGCCUAUUCAACUGAAAACACUGAUUGGCACCAUCCAGGUUGCCAUCUAUAAUUAUCAGAACAAACAAUUGCAGAAUGUGAUUGAUGCCACGGCGCAAUACCAUUUUGUAAAAAGCGGCAAUAAAUACCAGCGUAUCGAUUGGAAGGAUGUAUUGUACAUUGAAGCUGAUGGGAAAUAUUCAUUGGUACACCUGCAAAACACGCCAACCGCUUCCCCGAUCAAAGUAAGCCUGGAGCUGCUUGCCAAACAAUUGGGGGGAUUUAAUAUUGUGCGGAUUCAUAAGUCUUACCUUGUCAACCUUAAUUUUCUGACCGCUAUCAAUGGCAAUAUGGUUUAUAUCGGGAAGAACAUAGAAUUGCCUGUGGGAGAUGCCUAUCGUCAAUUGCUGCAACAGAAUCUCCGGAUGUAUAACUAA